AUGGGAGGCCCGAAUCUGGAGGUCUUCAAGUUUGCGUUAUACGUCUUCUUUCCGGUGGCGAUGAUGGUCCACUACGGAGACCCAGAAUGGUACAGGAAGUACGUGGUACCGGUGAGCGUCGCACUUGACCGGCUCGUAUGUAUCAUGGAAUAA